AAAUCUUGUAUUCGCCUGGCAACCUGUGGGACCAGGUGCCAAGAUGGCUGGCCGCAUAUGCUUGUUAACUGCGCUCGUGUUUUUUCUAAUCGGUUUGCUCCCAGCCGGCGAUGCCAGGAAUCACCGGUUGUCGCUCAAGGGCGAGCAACGGAGGUACUUCAGUGUCACCACAUUUGGCUUCCUGGUUGGCGGGGAGCUCAACAUUGAGGUCGAGGCACUGUCCUUUGCACCAAACACUAAUAGGGUGGGCUUCAGCUUGACAAGGACGCCUACGGACAGUGUCAACCCAUAUCCUGAUGGUCGUAUUGAAGGCUGCCCGCUGGAUGAAGUCAAGGAGGACAUGUACGUGCUGACGCUUGCCUUGGACACAUCUGGAAACAGGGAACGCCUGGUCCUGCGCUGCAACCGCAACUUCAGUGACCUCCCCGUGAGUCACCAGGAGAACUGGCGCCCCCAGCCGCGCACCGUGCGGCAGACGAGUGCUGUGCAGCAGCUGUUUCGUGCACGCCGGGAUGCCGAGGCUGAUGGGCUGCAGACAGUGUCGGGAACAUUGUCCUCGUCACCCAAAGCUGCACAGCCAACCCCAGCUCCCGUUGCAGCCACAACCACCACCCCGUCUGAGCCCACAAAAAAAGCGUCCACUGCACCGCCCUCACAACAAACAACUGUGGGCCGCUGUGCCAGUGCCAACUUGCCUGUGCACAAGGACAUAGUGGAUGGCGUGGCCGUGUACAGCUUCCAAUUUGGGGUGAGCAUUGACAAGGAAGCUCACGAGGGUCUCUACAGCCUGUACUUCCACAACUGCCUGGUUGGCUCGCUGGGAUUCCUCAACAACUCGGCAAAUCUCUCGGUGUCCAUCUCGGAGCGGAAUGAUGGUAGCUUCCUGUCAGCUGGGGAGAUCCCACUGCCACAGGUCUACUUCCUCAUGGCCGUCGUGUUCUUUGCCGUCGGCUGCUACUGGAUCUACCUGCUUCGCCAGAGGAGGCAAGAAGCCUACAAGAUCCACUUUCUAAUGGGUCUCCUUGUCUUUGUCAAGUCAUGCUCCCUACUACUGCAUGGGAUAAACUACCACUUCAUCUCGAAGGAUGGCUCACCCAUCGAAGCCUGGGCUGUGCUCUUCUAUAUCACCCACCUGCUGAAGGGUGCCCUCCUGUUCAUCACCAUUGUGCUGAUUGGAACCGGCUGGGCCUUCAUCAAGCACAUUCUCAGUGACAAAGACAAGAAGAUCUUCAUGAUAGUCAUCCCGCUCCAGUUGCUGGCCAACGUGGCCCAGAUCAUCAUGGAGGAGAGCGAGGAGGGCGAAUCCCAGCACACCACAUGGCGAGAGGUGUUUAUCCUCGUGGACCUGCUGUGCUGCGGAGCCAUCCUCUUCCCGGUUGUCUGGUCUAUUAGGCAUCUGCAGGAAGCAUCGCAAACAGAUGGCAAGGCAGCUAUCAACCUGGAAAAACUCAAGCUGUUCCGGCACUUCUAUGUCAUGAUUGUGUGCUACAUCUACUUCACCAGGAUAAUUGUGUUUCUGCUGAAGAUCACGGUGCCCUUCCGGUACGAGUGGCUGGAUGAGCUGUUCCGCGAGGGGGCCACACUCAUCUUCUUUGUGCUGACGGGCUACAAGUUCCGGCCCACGCAGUCCAACCCCUACUUCCGCCUCUCCCAGGAUGAUGAGGAGGAAAUGGAGGAAGUGCUGACUCAAACUGGGCUGACGGAGAAUGUGUCCAAGACGCUGCGCAACCGGGACAUUCACGACGACAAGGGCACGACGGCCACCAAACGCGAGAGCAGCCACGAGUACGACUGAGAAGGACAAGGCGGGGGUUCCCACCCUCGACCGACAAAGCAAGGAAACACGCGAGCGCGUGCACUUGGCCACUGGUCAUGCAGGCGAGCCAGACCAGCCACUCCCGAUACAAAAUCUUUCCUGUCCCACUGACUGCAUUCUGAGUUUCACUCUUCGUGAAGCAGUUGUUUCCAUUCCUCUGCUUUCUUUCUGUCUCUCUUCCUAUUGUGUUUCUUCGAAACAUCACAUGUCACGGCACCUUUUUUUUUUUUCGCAUUCACAUGUGUAGUUGUCAAGUCUGUGUUGCUCGCUGGAUGUGUCACUUUCAUAUUUCUAAUUCUACUUCACAGUCAUCGUCAGGUCGCUGUUAUGAGCAGAAGACUCUAGCAAGUGCACAUGCGUGUGAGGGACUCGGGCAUGUGAGGCACACUUUGCCUUUUAUUUUUUCAGGGGCUUUUUUUUAUUAAUAUUAUUAUUAUCAUUGCCCCUAAGUGUUGUGUGCUAGGAAUGCACGUUUGAUGUUUAUGCUUGGAUGCACUUUGCGAUAUCUUUCAAUAACCUGUUGUCCUGUUCUUAUCUUUCCUUUUUUCUUUGCUGUUGUAUCCUGAGACGAUGUUGCUGUAUUAUAUGUAGUUGAAGCGCUAAUAUUGCAGCUUCCAGGUGUACGUUGUCUACGCUUAUGAUGCCGGUGUUACAAUAGUCUCUCUUUAUUUUCUCUCACUUCCUUCUUCUUAAGUUAAGCGUUGAUGUAUUGCACUCAUAGGGUGCGUGGUACGAGAAUAAUUUAUGGUGUAAAAACAAAUUAGUGGGUCCUUAUAACACAUUCUCGUUUGGUGCCCCCAUCUGUCUAGCCAGCCAAUAUUAAAGAGAAAUGCUUUUUUUUUUUAUAGCACAUGGCUAGAUGUAUGCAACCUAGCGCCACUUCUGCCUAGUCAUGGGCACCAGUGCUAGAUGGAGGAUCUCACACUCCCUUUUGUGCUUUGAUCUGUGUUGAGUUUACGGACUAUUUCAAAUAAAGAACGCAAUUGAAA